AGAGUACAAUCCCAUCAGUGCCAAGGUGAUGCUGGAUGCCUCCACGGGGAAAAGUAAAGGUUUUGGUUUUGUCCUCUUUAACACCGAGGAGGAGGGAAAGAGGGCAUACAAAAAUCUUAACCGAAAGAGCACCAAGGCAUGCCGUCACAACUUUAAUUUGGUAAUUUACCCCUCACAGCACACUGGGAAAGCUGCUGUCUCCCCCUCCAAUGCUCUAUACAUUCGCAACGUUCCUAUCACAGUCCCACGGGCGCAGGUGGAGAGGUUUUUGUCAGCGUUUGGCACCCUGACUUACUGCGCAAUGCGGGCAGACCAUUACGGCAAUCCCGUAUGGGUUAUAUACGCCGAGUAUGACUGCCUAGAUUGCUCCAAGAAUGCCCUUCAGAAGUUGCAUGGUAAUUCAGAACACUUUAAUGGGCCUCCGGUGAUGGUCAAAUAUGCUGAUAAUGAUGAGGCCAAACAAGAACGUCGUCGUCGCCGUGAAGAGGGUUUUUUGCUUCCAGUUCCGGGUUUUUCGCGCUCUCGUGGUGUUUCUACAAUUACUAUUAGUCAAUGUUUUUUUUUCUUUUUUUUUUGGAUGUACCCUGAGUUUUGA